CCUGCGUGUGACGUAAUGGCCCGCGAUUGGUCACUUCGGCGCCCCUUUCAAACACCCAAGUGCGCGCGAGAAGGGCCGCCGCUUCGCCGUCGAGGCCAACCGGGGAGAAGUCAGGGCUCGAGGCGGCCUCGACGGGGGCCAAGCGGAGGCGAAGAGAAAGCCGAUGCCUUCUGCGCGGCCAUCCUCGCGGGCAGCCCCGCGCGGGGACGUCCGUUGGAGCGCCGGACAGGGGGCGGGGCCUGCAGUCGCCGCGCGCGAGCUCGUCUGCGCCUGCGUGAGGGGAAAGGGAAGCGCGACGGACGCCGGGAAAUCCCUCACGAGGUACCGCCCGGGGUUUCUUCCUCGCCCCUCCCUCCCCUUGCCGAGGCUGCUCUGCGCCUGCGCGGUGGCGUCCGUCGGCCGGGGAAAGCGAUGGAGCGCUGGGUGGCGGCCGGCUGGUCGGGCUGGGCCGGGUUGUGGCGGGCCGGCUGGGCCGGUUGGCCCGCCUGGGAGCUGCUGGCCGCCUGCGCCGUGAUCGGCGCGCUGGGCUGGCUGCUGCGGCUGCUGGAGCGAGGCCCGCGCGCGGGAGGCCGAGGCCCGAAUAGGCCCAGCGCGACGCCUCCGUCCCCGACGCCUCCUGAGGAGAGGCCUCCGCGCUGUCUCGACCGCUGCGAUGGAGGUGAGAGGCCUUUCCCCGCGGCUGCCUUGCCCCUACUUUCUCCCGCCGCCGCCUCCCUGCCAGGGAGGAUAACAAUGGAUGAAAUCUUCUCCCGAUUAAAACAACUGACCCCCGAUGAGCUGAGAGACGAGAUCGUCAAAGCUGGCCUGAAAUGCGGGCCCAUCACCCUGACCACGAGGUCCAUUUUUGAAAAAAGAUUGGCCCAGGCGUUAUGGGAACAGCAAGGACCCUCCGAGGCCACGGCUCCCUUUCCGAACGGCCUCCCUGGAACUGCUGCUGCGGCGGAUGGGAGCCAGCCAGAGUCUGGAAAAACGAAUGGCCACCUUGCCUCCUCCCCCGAGGAGGGUGAUUUUGGCUACAGCAUAGGUCUGAACCCUCCCGAGGAGGAAGCGCUGCUGCGUGAAGCGAACGGCUCUCCGGUUCAUCCCCGGAAUCCCUCCAAGGAGCCUCUGCUCUACUAUGGGGUGUGCCCAAUGUACGACGACGUACUGACCAGAAACGAAAGGGUACAUGUCUAUGAGGACAAAAAGGAAGCUUUGCAAGCUGUAAAAAUGAUUAAGGGGUCACGUUUUAAAGCUUUCUCAAACAGAGAAGAUGCAGAGAAAUUUGCCAAAGGUGUAUGUGAUUACUUCCCGUCUCCGAACAAGUCUACCAUCUCUCUGUCUCCUGUCAAAGUCUGUUCGGUCUUCGGUAGAGAUGGCUUGUGCUCUCCUGAACUGGAAACGGUCAGUAAAGAAAGAGCCAACAGUUACAAAAGCCCUCGUACCCAGGACCUGACUGCAAAGCUUCGGAAAGCCGUGGAGAAAGGAGACGAAAGUGCUUUCUUAGAACUCGUCUGGAGUAAUCCUCGCUAUCUCAUCGGCUCUGGAGACAAUCCGACGAUUGUCCAGGAGGGGUGUCGAUACAACGUCAUGCAUGUGGCAGCCAAAGAGAAUCAACCCGGCAUUUGCCGGCUGCUGUUGGACACUCUGGAAAACCCAGAAUUUAUGCGGCUGAUGUACCCUGACGAUGACACCGUCAUGUUGGAGAAGCGCAUCAGUUACAUAGUGGAUCUUUAUCUGAAUACGCCGGAUAAAAUGGUAUUUGAUACUCCGCUGCACUUUGCUUGCAAGUUUGGAAAUCCAGAGGUGGUCAGUGUUCUUGCUUCUCAUCCGGGCAUCGUAAAAAAUCCAAAAAAUAAAUACAGUCAAACUCCAGCAGAUGUGAUCUGCGAAAGGAGCAAAAAUAAAUCGGCAGACCUGAAAGCAAAAAUCAGGGAACACUUGGAAGGUCAGUGUUACGUGCCCCUCUUCAGAGCGGAAGACAAUGCCACUUCACCCAUGAUUGGCGCCCCCUGGUCCCCAGAUCAAACCGAGAGCAGCCCGGUCGCUUCUUUGCCCAGAUACCUCGGCAGCCCCAAAGAUCCAAUGCUGACAGUGAGGGCUUACGCAGGGCCAUUGAGUCCUUCCAAGGCAGAAGAUUUCCGCAGGCUUUGGAAGACUCCACCUCGCGAGAGGGCGGAAUAUUUCUACCACCUCCGAAAAUCUGAUUUGGAAAGAGGGGUCGAGCGAGUUGGAAGGGAGUUAGCUCAUGAGCUGGGAUUCCCUUGGGUCGAAUACUGGGAAUUUCUGGGCUGUUUUGUUGACCUGUCUUCCCAGGAGGGAUUAGGGCGUCUAGAAGAUCACUUGAGUCAACAACAGGAAAUGAGCAGUAAUGCUCAGCUAGGAGAAAACGAGGCCCACAACAAACCUCCGCAGUCUCAUGGUAAAAGUAAAAACUGUAAUUCCGUCUCCGUUGGAGCGUUUCUCGACGACGACGAUAUGAGUUUGGAAGAAGUGAAAAACAGGCAAAACGCGGCCAGAAAUUACAGCCCGGUCAUAGCGCCCAACGAACCGACCAUCGGUAGCUUUGAAAGCUCCAAGUGUGACAUUCUCUCCAUCGAACACACAGGCACUAUCAUGCCAAGGACAAAAACCUCCAUCCGGCCGGCCGAAAAAGGAGACCCCGUCAGUAAAAACGGAUAUUGUAGUCCGACCACUAGUGAUGAACGGACAGGAGGGCACAGGAGGCAUCCCAGCCAGGAAGAAAACUUUCAGUUCCCUGUUGCCAACUUAAUGGAUAAAUUUGAUCAACUCUCUUGCCAGGAUCCGGCCGUGGCGAGGGAAUGCUCGCCCUCAGGCAAGCCGAGCCAGAAGGUGGCAAAAACGUGGAAAUGCCAGGAGCAACUGCCUAAAAUGGCUUCCCUGCUUUCUAAGGCAGGGGCAGCUGCCCGGAAGAGCAAGGAUGUCAAAAGCAGGAAGGAAGACGGGGACCCUCAAGAGGCAGAAAGACCCUCGGCGGAAACCGAGGUCAGGCCUGGGGAGAGAAAGCCGUCGGGCGCUUUGGAAUCGCAGCCCGAGACGUCCGUUCCUGGUUUACUAAAAACGCCUUCCUCAAACGGGAAAACUAAGCAGAUGUUCCUUUUAGGCGAUCAACCGUCAAAAUGGGACGACGACGUGUUAAUGGCAUUACUCAGCGUUGAGAUCGACCCCCAGAAGUACCCCGCUAUUUACAAGUGGAGCGAGUCGGUACGAGCUUAUCCUGCUGCUGAACGACGAAGGUGGUCCAGCCCUUCCCUGAAAGGGUUCCCCAAGGGCCCAGCCAGCCCCAGCCCUGCCAGAAACCUUCCCUACUUCAGCCCAGGAAAGAACAGCCCCGGGAAGUACAACGCAGCGGCCGGCGGCUUCUCUCCGGAUUUAGGGAGCCCGGGACGGUAUACGCCAGCGUACGUGAACUACAUCCUUCUCUCCAAGAGGCAACAUUUCUCAGGACUGCCUAAUCAUUAGGAUGGGCUUUCAGCCACCUCUGGCCGUGAAAAUGUUGGAAGUGAAGGAAAUUUUGGAUGGUGGAAACCCUUGACGAGAUGGUUUUUGUGACCACUUUUAAUUUAUUUAUUCUUGGAAGAGGGCUGCUGGAAGUAGGGAGAGGGGGGAAGAGAAAAAGCAUUCCAUUUAUACCGGAUCGUCAGAGUCUCGUAAGGUUAGGAAGUUAAACCUGAAAGGCCUCUGAACGGGAAGCCUAAAUCUCGAAGUUUAGGGAUUCAUGGCUAGAAGGGACGUUUUUGGACUUGAGGAAUUACAAAUUGAAGUCCAGUCUACCUGUAAUUUUCUCUCUCUCACUCACUCUCACUUUCAAUCUCUCUCUUUCAAGCUCUUUUAUUCCUCUUUUUCUCAACCUGUCUCUCUCUCUCUCACUCCAUCUUUCUCUUUCAUUUUUCUCUUUCUCAUUUUCAAUCUGUCUGUCUCCCAAUCUCGCUCACAUAUUGGGAUCCUCGUGACUAUAAACACCUGUAAAGAGAAUUUUCCAUGAUCGUAACCCAUCUUCUAGUUGGGCCAAUAAGUCACUUCAAUCCCAGUAGAUACGGGCGCAGAUUCGCAGUUUCUUUGCAAUCUGGUCUAAUUAGGUUCGUUAAGCAUAAUGGGGGCCUACGUUGAACCUUUAAGAGAAGCUAAUAAAAGUUAUAAAUAACACAAGUGAAUUAUUUCCCCCCUCCCAUUCGCCCUUCUUCGUUUCUGGUUUUGGGGGGGUGGGGCAGACUUUGCAGCUUCCACAGAAAAGCUCCUAAGCAGCAAUAAAGCAGUUUUCCUUUCACAGCUAAGUUCAUCACUGCAUCUCACGGGAGCGUAUAUAGCAUCGAUAUUAACUCCGUGUUUGAUGAAACCGCUAGAACAGAUUACAUCUACUCUGCUGUUAAUUUGAAAUCCCACGCUGUUUAAUGAUGGCUAAUUUCUGAGUUUCCAACAUUUAAGACUAAACCUGCCCCAAAUAAUGCUUAUAUUCACUGCAGGCCAUUUUUUUUUAAUAGCAGCGCUACAUACUGCAAAGGUCUAUUCUUGUGCAAAAAAAAAAAAGGGAAAGGAAAAAAAGGAUACAAAAUGAAAUUGUUAAAUCAUAGGGCUUGAAGAGCACAUUAUUUACAGCACACUAACUUGAAAUAAUCACAGCAUCAGGAACUACACCGGUGGUUUCCUUACCCACGUGUAACCCACAUUUUAUAUACUACCUGUUUGAUGUUUUUGGUACUAAAACUUCAGAACUACACUCAAAGACUCUUCCAGUUUUAUUAGUGCCUUUUGUAUCUUUUACGUUUGGUAUUCCUGUCUUGCUUUUCAAUGGGUAAAGUUCCCUUAUGUAUUAAACACAUUUUAACUUUC